AUGUUCAAAUCACUGAGAUCUCUCCUCGCUACGCCCUCAGAGGAAUCAAGGGUGAAUGCAGGAGAGUACGAACCCCUGUCGGUUGGGGACGACGCUUCUUCUCAUCGAGAACGAGAUGGACUCAAGGACAUCCGACAUGAACCAAAAGUAUAUCUGUCUUUCUGGGUACUCGGUGCAGGUGUAUUGAUGAGCUGGAAUGCUCUCAUCUGUACGAUACCGCUCUUCAUCACGUUCUUCCCUCCCGAUUCCAGUUCAAGUGUCAAAUCAAAUCUUGCGAGCUACGUCUCAUCUUCGUACUGCUUUGGUAAUUUGUUCUUCCUCGGUCUAGCUCAGAGGAACGUAGGGGAUACCUCACCAUCCAAACGAAUACAUUGGUCAUUGCUCUUACUCUUGGUAACAGCGAUGAUCCUCACCUUCCCCUUACUUCCAUUAAUCCUACCAUCAUUAUCCCCCCAGCUACUAUUCCCUACGAUCGUCCUGGCCACCGUGAUACUAUCAAUCUCUACGGCAUACCUUCAAUCAGGUGUAUUCGCCUUAUCGGCAUUAUGGGGAUCCAAGGAGAUACUGGCCGUGAUGUCAGGUCAAGGUGGUAUAGCCGUACUGGUCUCACUCGUUCAACUUAUCCUAGCCAUCAUUGCUACUCGGAACAAACAAGAAGAGAAAGGCAGCAAAGCCUCGACGAUGGCUGGUGUAGGAUUGUGGGCAGCAGGAUCAAUCGGUACGAUGGCUUGUCUAGUCGCUCAUAGGUAUCUGAUGGAUCAUCCUGAAUAUUCAAGUAUAACCAACUCUACAAGCACUAUGUUACCUGAAGAUAAUCCAAGAGAAGAGAAAAAAGGGUUGACUAGGAAGGUGUUCAAGAAGAAUUCACUGUUGAUGGUUGCUGUGGCAUGGGUGUUCAUCGUUACUUUGUCGAUCUUCCCACCAAUCACAACGAUGAUUGUAUCAACCCAUCAGCCCACACCUCGAUUACUCCAACCAGACGUUUUUAUCCCCCUACAUUUCUUGCUAUUCAACAUCGGCGAUUACUGUGGUCGUACCUACUUACCCUCAAUUUCACUCCUAUUCACUACCUCCCCACCACGUAUACUAUUCUUAUCACUCUUGCGUACACUGUUCAUACCCCUGAUCUUCCUGUGCAAUACGACCUCUCGAACAUCCACUCCUGUAUUCAAUUCAGAUCUGAUAUAUUUCCUGAUAAUCAUAUUAUUGGGAUUGACGAACGGGUACAUCGGUUCAUUAUGUAUGAUCGUAGCUUCUUCGCCAGAGCUGAAUAAGAGGAUAGAGGAAGACGAGAGGGACGUGGCUGGUACAUUGGCAAGUUUCUGCUUGGUCACUGGUCUAGCUAUAGGUAGUGCAGCAAGUUUCGUUGUAGCUUCUUUAGUUAAGGGAUAA